GACAGGCCCUCCAGAUGGCGGCGGCCCGCUUGCAGCGAGGACGCAAGGCCAUGGAGGCGGCCAAAGAGCAGUGGAAGAGAGCCAAGCAGGAGUUGGAGCGGUGCACGGAGAAGCUUCGUGCAUGCACGACUGAGGCUAUGGAAGCUGAACGUGAAGAGAUCGCGAAGGCGAAGAAGUUCUUGCCACCUGAGGAACUGCCCGUGCCACGGGGUGCUGUCCUGGACACCCAAGAGGUGCUCGACGGCAACCUGGAGCUGGAGAUCAGUCUGGGAGUCGACCUGGACGGGUUGGGCCUCACGCAAUCGGACCAUGACAUCUUGGAGAAGACGAAGGGUGAGCUCCAGGUCUGGUUGCGCAAAGCGGUGCAAGACACGUAUGGUCAAAUCAAUGAGAAGUUGCAGGAUCAGAAGGCCAAGGUGCCGACGCAGCCCCUGAGGCGCCUGCGCGAGGAGCGGCGACGGGUGCUGUCCGUGGCUCGGCAGCAGACCCCGCCCCUCGCGCCGCGCCAGCUCCUGGGGAUGAGCAUUCGCUCAAG